GGCUGGCCCGACUACACCACCACUACUCCUCGCUCCCUGCUCCCUCGUCCUCCCUGCUUGUCUUUGCAGCGCUGCCAACACCAUUCACGCGCACUCCUCUCUCCCACCGCCUGCGCCUUCGUGACGGAGCCAUUCUUUCACCGAGCCGCCCCAGCCACACGCACCGCGACCCUGGACAUUGACUUCACCCAAAGUGACAUGGCCCAUUGAUCGUGCAACUGCGCAAACAUCGUCUCCCUGUACCCGCCCAGCUUCCGCCCAAGACACCAGAGUCGCCCGCUUCAUUCGCCCUCCGACCCUGUGUAACUGCUAUGACGCAGCUCUUCAACUCGUCCACAUCAAGCCACUCCACCAUGGCCGAAAAGACGGAGAAACGCACCUUCUCGGGCAAGGCACUGUCCACCAACAAGUCAGUCAAUGCAAAGGACGGCCAGGUCUCGCAGCGCAUCAAGAACUUUUUCCGCAUCAAUAGCAGCAACGACACCAACAAGUCUUCCGACGAUGGUAGCACAAACUCCAAGAACGAAAAGUCGGGGUUCCGCCAAUCAAGGUUCAUUCCCCACAUCUCGCGCAAUCGCUCCCAGACCAUCGCCAGCGAAGGCAACCCCCUGGAUGACAGCGUGUCGCCGACCGCGCACGCAAACCCGUAUUUUGCCCACCAAGGACCACCGGCGCUGCGCCAUCACAAUGCAGGCAGUGUUCCUCCGUCACCCCCAGACACCCCCGCAAUGCCUAAGACGCAAGUGAAUGGCGCAGCUACCACCGACGAUCACGCUACAACUGCUGGCAAGGAAGAAUUGGCUAGGAAACUACGAAGGGUGGCUUCCGCACCCAAUGCCCAAGGUCUCUUUUCGUCGGGAAAGAACACUGAUAGGCCACAGACCGCAGAACUCGGCAAGCAGCCCGUAUUACAUCACCCGAACUCGUCCACUUUGAGCAUGGUCGAGACGAAUACCCAAGAUCCAACUCACCUCCUACCGAUAGAAGCUGGCAAACCCAUACCCUCGGCAGGCCAAAUCCGACAGUCUGUGGCUUUCAGGAGAACCUACAGCUCGAAUUCCAUCAAGGUCCGCAACGUCGAGGUUGGACCAGGAAGCUUCGACAAGAUCAAGUUGAUUGGCAAGGGCGAUGUUGGAAAGGUUUACUUGGUGCGGGAGAAGAAGUCCAGCAGACUAUACGCUAUGAAGGUGUUGAGCAAAAAGGAGAUGAUCAAGCGGAACAAGAUCAAGCGCGCGUUGGCCGAGCAGGAAAUCCUGGCGACCAGCAACCACCCCUUUAUUGUUACUCUCUACCACUCUUUCCAAUCCGAAGACCACCUCUACCUCUGCAUGGAAUACUGCAGCGGUGGUGAGUUCUUCCGAGCGCUUCAAACACGACCGAACAAGUGUGUUGACGAAGAUGCUGCGCGAUUCUAUGCAGCUGAAGUCACGGCUGCGUUGGAAUACCUCCACUUAAUGGGCUUCAUCUACCGAGACUUGAAGCCGGAGAAUAUUCUCCUCCACCAGUCUGGUCACAUCAUGCUGUCAGACUUCGAUCUAUCGAAACAGUCGGAACCCGGCGGUCGCCCGACCAUGAUCCUCAGUGGCCGAAGCGGUACUUCCUCGAACAAUCUCCCAACCAUCGACACGAAAUCAUGCAUAAACAAUUUCCGAACCAACUCGUUUGUCGGAACCGAGGAAUACAUUGCGCCCGAAGUCAUCAAGGGCUGUGGACAUACGAGUGCGGUCGAUUGGUGGACCCUUGGCAUAUUGAUCUACGAGAUGUUGUACGGAACUACGCCUUUCAAGGGCAAGAACCGCAACGCGACGUUUGCCAACAUUCUUCGAGAUGAAGUGCCCUUCCCCGAGGGUUCUGGUGCGCCGCAAGUGUCAAAUCUCUGCAAGGCCAUUAUUCGCAAGCUAUUGAUCAAGGACGAGACCAGGCGACUUGGAUCCCGUGCCGGCGCUUCCGACAUUAAGACCGCACCUUUCUUCAAGACAACAUCAUGGGCCCUACUACGGCACAUGAAGCCACCGAUCGUCCCUCAUCAAGGCCAAGGUAUCGAGACACCCAACUUCCGGAAUGUUAAGGAGUCCCAGAGUGUUGACAUUGGAGCCGCGAGAGUCAAGGGCGUCCCACUAGACUCUGGUCUCGCCACGCCGAUGGGCGAGUUGGCAGAUCCAUUUGAGGAGUUCAACAGCGUUACUCUGCAUCACGACGGAGACGAUCACCACCACGAAGAUCAACACUCGUCGCAUCUUCACCUCACACAAACCAACUCUCAACGAUAGACCGAGCUUUAAUUCGUAUGAUAAACACGCGCACUGUAUUCAUCACUCGCCAGAGGACCGUCAUAUCGGAAAAAAUCGUCCUCUUGACUCCACUCAUUUGUUGCGACGGAUCAUAGACAAAUGCGUUUCUUCCUCAUCACAGCGGCGUUCCAGGGGUUUUGUUUUACUUCUUCGUUUCCGAUCGCGCACGGAUCUCUCUUGAGCUUUCUUAUCUCUCUUACCAAUCGGCAUUUUCGUGUGCUGUAAAAUCUUUCUGGCGUUGUCUGUAUUUCUUAUUGUGAACAUGGGUGUGGAUCAUGCUGGUUCAGUCUGGUCUAGUCUAGUCUGAGAGCGGAGGCAGCUUGGACAGGGAAGAUGGUGGUGGUGAAGGCGAUGGAGUGGGGGUUGAGGGAUGAGGGUACUGGAAGGGCGUAGCAGAAGCAAUGAGAAAGAUAUCUUUGAGAUACUGAAUUUGCUGUACCAUGUGACUCUGAGAGAUGUGACAUGAUGUCAUGUUUCG